GCCGCCUUUGAAUAUUUGGCAACUCUUCGCUAUGCAGUAUACCCUUGCAUUGAGCGAAACAAAUUUGCGAGCACGGUUCGCCGGUGGUUUCGCUCACAUGCAAGGCUCUGAUCGGUGGUUGCGAUCGCAUACGCGGCGAGUCCGCGGUUUGUUUACUAUGCAGUCAGCGGUUGACUUGGUGCUCCUGCGGUACCGAGCAGAUCGAUCACUUCUUUGUUUUCAGUGGCUUGCAUCCGGGGAUGACAAACUAAGGGUAUGUCCUCGUCUUCCUAGUCUUUCCGAACUCCAAAAGGAGUCAUUCAGUCUGUGUCCUGCUUCACGUCGAGGGCGUAGUGUAUCUAUGCAUCGUGAAUAUAACGAAACAGCCGGGACGGCGCAGUCCGGGCUGUCCGAAGAUGGACAGCACGAAAACAAAUAUCGAAGGACGACGAGCGGUGACAGGGUUGAGCUACAAUAUGGGGCCGGCUUGCCCGCAGCUUAUUUAUAUUGCAAAAAUAUCGGCGGCUGUUGACGUGUGCGGCGUGAGGUGUCCAUAAAGUUCAACAUCACUU